CUGUUGACGUGCUGUUAGGCGCAGGCAACAAUUUAAUUGUUGAUCCAAUCCGUCCAGUAAAUAAACAAUAAAUAAUGGGCAAUCACAAGGUUCUCCGGUCGGCUGGCAGCAAUCUGCGUUACUCGAUGUACGAGUUUAUUGAGGCAGUGCACAAACGUUCGAUUAUAUGGGAAAGAAGACAUCCAAACUUCCACAAUCGUGAGUUGAGAGAUCAGGCUUGGCAGCAAGUUGGACAGGAACUAUGCACAAAUUUUGAGGCCUCCAGUGAGCCGGAGAAGCAGGAAAUUGUAAAAACCCUGCUCAAACGUUGGAAAAACACAAGGGACAGCUAUUUGCGGGUCAACCGGCUACGACAAAGUGGCGAGGAGGUGUCCAGGGCAUCUUAUAUCUACGAAAAGGAGCUGAGUUUCCUCUUAGACGUUAAAGCCGAGUCGGAGGACGAUGAGGAGCCCGUGAAGAAACCCAAGCCCCAGAUGAAAAGGAAACGCACGACUGCCGCCAACAGAUCUGCAAAAACGCCAAGAAGGAGGAACUUCGGACAGGAAUCGAGUGUAGAAUCCGCUACCAACAGCCCAGCCAUUUCGGAAAACCUACACUCGGGUCUGGAUGAUCUGACCUACACAAGCGAGGAUACUGUGCCCCCGGAAAUCACCUCCCUUCCUCAGAUUCCCCUAGAUCCACCCUGCAGUACAAACACCACGUCCACAUCCGCUGAUCCCGAUCAGGCCUUCUUCGACACCAUUAAACCGCACAUGCAACGAAUGUGCGCCGAUCGCAAGCUCGACUUUCAGAUCGAGGUUUUGAAAAUACUUCGCAAUUUUAAGCCGAAUUGAAAAAUAACUAGAAAUUAAAUCAUGUUUUUGGCUUUGCAUUUACAUUAACAGCGGAUUUAGUUAGCAGCAAGUUAGCAUGGCUACUAGGAACAAAAAUAAUCGUUAUCGAACAUCGUUAAGGGCCUAGGGCGCGAUAUUUGAACAUUUCGUGCUGUAAACUGUAAUAUUACAUUUGAAUUUGUUGAUAUCUGCAAAAAUUGAUUGAAGACAUCAUCUUGAUUGUUAUUGUGCGGUUACAGUAAUUACAUAACAUACAACCAGUCGGUUUUUACAAUUUCAAAAUUGUUGCUGAAUAAUUAUGGUAUGAGAAAUUGUUUUUCGGAUUCCAAUAGUCCAACAUGUUACUUUUGGCCAUUGUCCAAACUUAAAAGAACACUUAGGGGUCUUCGUUUCGAGUUGAUUAACGAAAUUCUAAGGACCAUACCGGAAUGUCAGUUUUAGACAUGCUCCGAGGAUUUAAGAAAUUUUCGUACUUAAUUAUAUUUAAAGUGGUUGCUAUUUAUUACCCACAUUAGAGUAAAAGAGUUAAUUAGUUUAUAAGUCACAGGGCAACCAACCGAUUUAUUUUAACAUAAUUUAAUUAAUAUGUUCGAAAUUAGGUAUUAUCUAAAUCUAAAAUGAUUUUUUCAUAUCCAUAUAACGACAAUCAGUGUUAAAAAGUCAGAAAUAUUGUAUCUGAAACUAAAAUAAUUUAUAAAAUAUAUAAUUGUAUUUUU